CAGAACAAAGAUGGCCGCUGGCCACUGGGGAAUAUUCAGCCACUGAGCUCCGUGCGGGGCGGAAGCGGGGCCCGGGUCCGUCCGGAAUAGCCCUCCCCGGGCUGCCGGCACGUAGCUGAGUCUGGGCCCGAUGAGCAAGGCGUGGCGGAGGGGGGGCGCCCCCGGCGGCAGGAUGGAGGGGGCCGAGGCGGGGGAGCAGGGCCAGGCCGGCGGGCACGGCUCCCACAAGAAGAAGCACAAGAAGCACAAGAAGAAGCACAGGAAGAGGCAUCACCAUGAGAACGUGGGGCCCAGCUUCUCCGCCGAGACCCGGGAGUCCGGCCCCCUGCUCCCCAAGCCCCAGCUCAAGCUGAAAAUCAAGCUGGGCGGGCAGAUCCUGGGCACCAAGAGCGUGCCGACCUUCACGGUGAUCCCCGAGGUGCCGCGCUCGCCUUCCCCCCUCAUGGUUGUGGACGACGAGGACGAGCCCAUGGAGGGGGUCCCCAUUGAGCAGUAUCGGGCCUGGCUGGAUGAAGACAGUAACCUGGACCCAUCGCCCCUGCCGGACCUGGACUCGGAGAGCUGCUUCCCUGCCCGCGAGGACGAGGAGGAGGAGCGCUGGCUGGAUGCGCUGGAGAAGGGCGAGCUGGACGACAACGGCGAGCUCAAGAAGGAGGUGGAUGAGUCGCUGCUCACGGCCAGACAGAAAGCCCUCCUGCACAAGCAGCAGAGCCAGCCACUCCUGGAGCUGCCCAUGGGCUACAAGGCGAAGGAGAUGACGGAGGAGAUGCUGGUGAAGCGGGAGGAGCGAGCCCGGAAGCGGCGCCUGCAGGCGGCCAAGAAGGCAGAGGAGAACAAGAACCAGACCAUCGAACGCCUCACCAAGACCAACAAGGCCAAGGUGAAGACGCUGCGGGAGCGCAAGGCCAAGCAGGCCCCAUGCCCCAUGAUCCGCUACUGCAACGCCGCAGACCGGAUCACCGUGUCCUUCCCGCCCGGGGUCACGCUGCCACUGCCGCCCGGCACGCCGCCGCCCGUGCCUGCAGCCACCACCUGCGGGGUCAGCGGCUGCCCCAACCGCAAGCGGUACUCCUGCUCACGCACCGGCGUGCCCCUCUGCAGCUUCGCCUGCUACCAGAAGAACCUGCAGCUGCAGGAGGCGGUCGGCUAGGGCUCCUGGCACCGACCCUGCUGCCAGGCUCCACCUCUUCGAGGGCUUGGCUGAAGAUCCCUGCGUCCUUCUGGGGAGGCUCGGGGGACGUUCACGCUCCAUCAGCUCAGGAUGCAGCUGCUGCCCUUGUGACGGCGAGCUGAGGACCCUGGCGUCCGAGACCCCUGCUGGGACUGGCUCAUUCCCUGGGAGCUGAGUCAGCUUCCUACCACAAUCGGGUGGCCUGGCUGCCUGGCCCUUCCAGCAGUUUAUGUUGGUUUCAAGAGGAAAGAGGAAGGACAGAAAUUUUCCUAACUAAAGAGCUGCUUCCCCUGCAGGUUCUGGCGGCUGUAACCCAGGGGCUGGGCCCAAGCUGGCUGUGUGUGUGUUUGAGGGGGGUCCCUCGGUGGGCUCCAGGGACCUGGCUCCAAGCCCUGGCUGGAUGAUAGCGUGCCCAUCUCGCCCCUUCAGGCUGCUUGGCCCAUUGGAGACCCAGGCAGGUCAAGGCAGCAGGUACAAACAUCAUCAGAUCCAACAGAGGCACCUCAGGUAAACCAAAGUCAUCUAAGCUCAGAAACCAGAGCCAACGCAAACAGAUUUUAUGCUCGUUAAGACCACCACAGAGCAAAGGCUUUCCACUAGCUGUUCAGAGACAAUCGCCGAGACCUGUCCUGGGAAAUACCACCAUGCACAGUGACAAGAUCGCAGAUGCAAAAGCCCCCGUCUCCCCACUCCUUUCCCUUGGACUCUCGCAGGUCGCCUCUGCUCCCACCCACCAGCCGGUCACGCCUGGGCCAUGUUCUGCGGUUCAGCUGUCAGGGUCGAGGACGUCACAGCACAGCCACUUCCCUGACCAUCCCCUCCCUAAGGUACGGCCAGCGCUCUCCCAGCUCCCCGGUAAUGAGAGCCAUGGCUCUGAAUUCACCACAAAGACUUCACCAAAUUCCUCCAUGCCUCUGCUGAGACCAUGGGUGGUGUGUGAACUCAGGGAGACUAGCCCUCCCCAGCCCUGGGCCACCUGAGCAUCUCCAGCCCAGAGUGCUGGGUGGUGUGAGCACCGGCCCCAUCUACCUGGGCCAGCCACAAGCCCCCAGCCCAGGCAGCAGAAGGGACCUGAGGGUGGAGUGUGGGUGGGGCCACGCGGCUGUUGGGGAAAGUCAGCCUUCCCUGGCCUGUGAUACCUGCCCCCCAUGGCUGAGGCUGUAUUACAGCCCAAGAGAACCUGGUUUCAGCUUCCACCAGUGGUUCCCUGGCCUGGAGCUGAGCCCACCCAGGCAGUGGGCACAUGCUGUGGUCGUGCAUGAGGACGGGUAAAUAAGAGCUGUCGCCUGCAUAUCACUGACCCUGGCUCCGUGUCUGGCCCAUUCAACUGGCUGCAGGUGGACAUUAAUAGGAGUGGGAAGAGAACUGAUCCCUGUGGGAUUCCCCAGAGGAGGGGCCUAGCGAUGGAGGUGCAGAUUCCCAUCAGGAAGGACUCAAACCAUUCUAGUACCUUACCCUGAGUCCGACCCCCUCAGCUGUGUCCCACGAGUGAUGGUGUCGAAUGCUGCAGAGGGGCCCCGGGGAUGGGAUGGGAGCUGGUCACAGCACUAGGCAGGCAAGACACAGCCCUGUUAUUUUCCCAUCAUCACGCACGACCACAACACCGGCCCCAGACGGAGAUGAGAUGGGCUCAGGGCUGAGGAACUGCUGGCGGAAGCUGAAACCCACAAGACGGAGGUGCCGCUGGCAGGCAGAGGGAAGCACUUGGAAGAGUUUGCAGCCAUGGCACAGUCCCCGGUAGUGGAAAGUUCAUGCCCACAAUUGGUUGGUUCAGUCUAUAGUUUAGGGGGCUCCCAGAUUCCUCUUUGGAUCUGAACUCUCACAUAAGAGCACUCACAACGCCUUCUCCUCCCUCUGGCUGGCUAGGAGACGCUGUCCCAGCCUGGCGGCCAGUGACUGGGCCCGGUUAGACAAGCCCGUGUCACUUCCCAGCUGGACUACAGCAGCGCAACCUCCCUGGGUGUGAAGCCACCCCUUGAGGAAACUCCUGCUCCAGAACCCUACAAGACAUCUCCCCCGCACUGCGAGCCUAGCAGGUCCAUCCUUGGCUCUGCGCUGGCUUCCCAUAGACUGUGGAUCAAAGUUGUCAAUCCUUGUCUUACAGGCACUCAGUGAUCUGGGUGCAGUCUGGUAAGAGCUCCCAUGCGUCCCUGGGAGGAGAUCUCUGCUCCACUGGCACAAUGGGCCUCUUUACAGUAAGGGUAAAACUCAUCUGUUCAGGAGCCAGCGUUUUCCUGGGGCCAGUCCUGACUAUGCCAUGAACGUCCCCAGACAGGAGCAGGGAAUAUGCCUGUAUCAACUUGUGAAGUGUUCUGGGCCUGGGCUGAAAUACUGGCACUGUGGCUGCACUUCAGACCUGCCCAACCUGUUGUGGUGCAGUCUAGACUCGAUGGCUGCCCUGCCUGGGAACCGCAGGUAACACCUUAAAGGGACCGGCAGGAAGAGCCCUCAUGGAGAAUGCAUGGAGGGGGGGCAUCCACUCUCUAUAAUUCCAACCAGUGCCCCCCCCCCAUGGAACAUACAAGGGCCCAGAAGGGAGAGGGCACCCCAGCAUGGGAGCACAUGGCACAGAGCUGGUGGUCCUGUUUAAGAGGGGUUCUGCUGGCAGGCUGUGGCCACUGCACGUGAGAGGGCAGAAGGGACUCUGCCUAGCGGGACUCGCUCAUGAACCAGCAGGGUGAGCUCUGAAAAAGGGGCGGAUGUCUCAGGCCUUCUGUUGAUUUCAAUACUCCAGGGCUUUCUGGGUAAAGAAAUCCCUUUGCUGAGGCUGUGCGCCUUGCUUUCCUGCCCUUUGGCCCCACUGGGGUCAAACUAAGUGCCCCCUGUGACGUUAGGAGUGUGAUAUAUCUCACUGAAGGAUGACAGGGCCAGAAAGUGUUAAUUAACUCACAGACUGACCUGACCCAGGGCCAAACUUUAAAGACUGGUUAGGAAGAUCUGUAAAUUAAGAGCUUGGAAAUGCAAGUCUGCAUUGUUAGAGAUAGAAGGAGAGGUGUUUGCUCAGGUCUUGUGAUGUAAGCAAACAAGUCUUGUCUAUUGCUGUAGCUUUAAUUCAAGGAUAAAAAAAGGAAUAUUAACAUUUAGGAAUGUACUUGAGGGAAAUAGUAGUAUUGUCUCUCUGUGUCUUUGAAGGUUGUGGUAACCUGUAUCUGAACUGUUUAAUGGAAAAAUUACCCUGUGCUAAUUACCAGGAUUUUUGGGAGAAGGAGAGUUAAGCCUAUUGUUUUCUCAGGCCAAAAGGCUGCUGGAAAUGUAUGAAGACCCUGGGACAGGAUCCUUCUUCAUCUCAGAUCUGCUUUGGGUUUCAAGAGGAGGAAACCUUAAGCCACAAGGAUUGAGAUCCCCAGUCACUGACUGGAGUCACCCUGAAUAUGGACAUUGAACUAUAACCUAUGGACUAUUUCUAAAAGGAUUUUUGGGAACUACAAGCUCAUCUCUGCUACAUAUCUGAACCUCAAGAAUUGAAUUCACGUUUGUCUGUAUAUUGAUCUUUUAACCAACAAUCUCACUCUCUUCUUUUUUUAAUAAAUUUUAGCUUAGUUAAUAA